AGUUACACACUGUGUCUGGUCUGUCACAUCUUGGAGGUUUAGGAGGCAGCCCUGGGGUGGGGCAGAUUUUGGGGAGCACUGGGGGGUGUGACAGCACUGCAGCGGCGGGAGCUGUGACAUGAGAGGCUGUGCUGUGCCAAGGGGUUGUGGCAUCAUGAUGGGGAAGUGAUGUCACCAUCUGCUGUGACAUGGCAGGCUGACAUCCCCAGGGGCUAUGACAUCACAAGAAGCUAUGUCAUGGGGUUGUGAUGUCACAGGCCCUCUGGAUCUCACAAGGAGCUGUGACAUCCCUAGGGGCUGUGACAUGUUCCAUCAUACACCUUGAUUAUGGGGGGGGGGCUGACCUCUUGCCAUGGAUGUGGGGGGCAUGAUGGCUGCUCUGACAUCAGAUCAUUGGGGCCGGUCUAGAACAAGAAGUGGGGGUCAACUUGAAGCUAAUAGUUGAUGGAGGAGUGGGAGGGGCCAACGUGAGGGUGCUGCCAGGAGAGGGGCAAGGCUGGGGUUGUGGGGUGGGAUUCAGCAUCUCCUAGACUCACCCACCCCAGAGCCCUCCCUGCUCCCAGGCCCUUCCCUCCCCUCCCCUCCCCUCCCCUCCCCUCCCAGCAGAGCCAGGCAUCCGCCCCACCCCCAGGCCAGGAGGGAGCCCAGGUGUCCUGGCCGUCUCCUUGCCCCACCUGGGGGCAAAGUGCGGGUGCAGGCGGGACGUGGCGCAGGGCCGAGCCCUGGGGCCGGUUACACCCCCCCCCACGCCAGAGCCAGCUGCACGCGGGCCCUGGGAUCCCCCCAACUGCAGCUGCAUCCGUACGGGCCCAUGGGGCUGAGCAAGCGGCAGCUCGAGGUGCUCAGCGCCCUGCAGUGGAUGCUUACCUUCCUUUUCCUGGGCCCCGUGUGCACAGUGCUGCUGCUCUGGCUCCUCUUCACGCGCCUCUGGCUUGUGUCCGUGCUCUACUUCGCCUGGUGGCUGCUGGACUGGGACACCCCCGAGAGAGGCGGGCGUCCCUGCGACUGGUUGCGGCGCCGGCGGAUCUGGGCCCAUUUCUGUGACUAUUUCCCCAUCAAGGUGGUGCGCACGGCCCCGCUCCCGCCCGGGCGCAGCUAUGUGCUAGGCGCGCACCCACACGGUAUCGCGUGCGCGGGAGCCUUCGCGGCGCUCUGCACCGAGGCCGCCGGUUUCCCGCGCCUCUUCCCGGGGCUGCGCCCUGUCCUAGCGCCGCUGCGCGGCCUCUUCCUCCUGCCCGGCUACCGCGAGUACCUCAUGAGCGCCGGGAUGUGCCCUGUGAGCCGCGCCAGCCUGGACUUCCUGCUGUCGCGGCCCGGCGUGGCCGUGGGCAUCGUGGUGGGCGGGGCCGCCGAGGCGUUGGACUCCGCCCCCGGCUCCUACCGCCUCACGCUGCUCAGGCGCACGGGCUUUGUGCGCGUGGCGCUGCGUCACGGGGCCUGUCUGGUGCCGCUGCUGUCCCUGGGCGAGCCCGAGCUGUUCGCGCAAGCGCAGUUCGCACCCGGCGGCCUAGCGCGGCGCCUGCAGGAGCGGUUCCGAGCGCUCGUGGGCUUCGCGCCCUGCGUCAUCCGGGGGGAGUGGGGGCUGCUGCCCAGGCCCCGCCCCCUCACUGUCGUAGUGGGCAGCCCCAUCCCAGUUCCGCGGCGGGUGAAGGCGACGCCAGAGGAGGUACUACACUACCACGCGCUCUAUGUGGCGGCACUGCGUACCCUGUUUGAGCGCCACAAGGUGGCCGCCGGCCUGGGCCCUACCUGCCGCCUGCACCUUGUCUAGGCCUGGCAGUGGCCCCAGCAACGACUACCCAGGAGAGACCCCACAAUAAAGACCCCCCCCCGCCGCCCUUGAGCUGUGCCUGGCUCCACCUCUUGGAGGGGUUGCUGUGGGUGCAGGGCCAUGGGGCAGGGAGCAGGGGGUGGUGCAUAGUUUGCAAGCAUGCAACACAAGGUGGCACAAAAUGUCAUGCACUGGUACACACACACACACACACAGGUGUGCUCUGUAAUGCAAUGCAGGUGUUGGUCCAGCUUGGAAAGGCAACCAGAACCAAAAAAAUGGGGUGGCAUGCACGUACGUGUGUGUGUAUCUGUUUGUGCUUGCACAUUCAGCGCAUGACAUUUUGCAAGUGCAACACAACUGUAGAGGAUCGAACAUGUACACUUCUUGCAAGUGGAAGACAAAUGUAAGGUGUCCAGGGCACGUGUGUGUGUGUGUGUGUGUGUGUGUGUGUGUGCAUGCCUAUGCUGGACACCCUACACUUGUGUUGCACUUGCAAGAAGUAUACAUGUGUACACACAUGCACACCAUACAGUUGUGUUGCACUUACAAGGUGCACACACAUGCACUCUGUAUCAUAACAUGCACACAGCUGUGUGCAAGCACACCCACACUGCACACCCUACCCUUGUGUUGCACUUGCAAGAAGUGUACAUGUGCACACACACAGCCCCCUCCCUCCCCACACUGAGCAGCAACACACAGGGUGGGCGCUGGACCCUGCCGGCCGCCUUGUCUCCCCUUCACCCCCUCACAGCCGUGCCCCAAACCAGGCUGCAAAAGAAUAAAAAGGCGGGGCCUAGAAUAAAACCCCCCAGGGGUGUUCCCCCCCCCAAAAAAAACCCCGCACCGUGCCCCGUCAAUGGCAGAGCCCCCGGCGGGAGAGGAAAGCGGCGCCACGGGGACUCGAACGGGAAGACUGGGGGGCUGACCCGCUGAGCCACGGCUCCGCGUCCGCAAUACACUGCGCAUGCGCGGAACUCCCGGCCGGUGGCUGGCAGUGGAGGGAGGGUGCCAGGAAGAGUGGGUGUUGCCAGUGCGCCUGCGCGGGGCUGCUUCUGCCUGUCUGCCCUGGGUAGUGGCGUCGGGAGUCGGGGGUUGCAGGGGCGUGCGAGGAAGUGUGCAAGAGAGAGCAUGCGGGGGGUUGGAGGUGUGCACGUGUGUGUGUCUGUGUGCGUGUGCAUGGACUGUAAAGGUGUGUGCACGUGUGUCAAUGGGGGUGUAUCUGUGUCAAGGUGUGUGUGCACGUGUGCAUGGGGUGUAUAUCAGUGUAUGUGUGUGUGAGCACAUGGGAGCGUGUGUCUUUGUGAAGGUGUGUGCAUGGGGCUGUGUGCGUGUGCGUGGGGAAGUGUCUUUGCAUGUGUGUAUCUUUGUGUGUGUGCCUGUAUUUGUGUGUGUGUGUGGAAGGGUGUGCGUGUGUGUGCGGGCAUGGGGCGUGUGCCUGCGUGACGUGUGCGCGCGUGUCCACCGGGCUGGAACCCCUUGGGGCUCACGCGGGGCUCCUCGUGCCCACGUGCGUGUGGGGCUGCGGGCACGUGUCGGUGUGUUCGUGUCCGGCCGCACGUCCUUACCCCCCGCCCCCACCGUACCCGGCCGGUGCCAGCUUCGGACAAAGGCCCAUUGAGGGUCCUGCCAGCGGGGGGGGCCACAGCCUCUGCGUGUGUCUGUGUGAGAGAGACCCGGACGCCUGGGUCCCGUGUGUGCACGUGUUGCACCGUGCAGGACCUGCCCCCACUGCAAACCCACCAUGGUGGAACUCACGUGACCCCCGCCACAACACACACACACACACACACACACACACAUCCUGCCCAACAUCUGAUUCCCCAGCCAGGGACCUGCCAGCCCGGACCUCGCACGUUUCUCUUUGCCCCCUAAUCUGCUCCCUCCUUUCCUGCCCUUCGUCUAAUUUCCAGCUAUUUCCCUCUUCACAGACAGCCUCUUCUCUACCUUCAGUCACCACCUCUACAGUAGACGCCUCGAAGCUUGCCAAGAAACAUUUUUCCAACUAUUUAGUUGGUUCAAUAAAAGACAACACAUUUACGCAAAGAA